AGACAAUCGGUUCCUGGCACGGAAGGCACGGCGCCGCCAAGAGAAGGCGGAGUCAAGGCGGAAUUUGUUCGAAAUCUUAAGGAGGCCCCCUCCACACAGCUGACUGAUUUGGUUCAGUUACCUAAAUUCCAAUUUUGUUUUCUUUUUCGAUUCUUUCGGAGAAGAUGAAGUAUACAUGUGAAGCUAUGCGGCGAAUGAGCCAAUCUCAGAGCUCGGACACCUACUUCUACCAUCCUUAUCGUCAACGAAAAAACUCGACCACCUCGACCUAUUCGGAUUGUUCAAGUGUGUCAGGAAGUCCUUCAAGUUCCACAAUGACGUCUUCGCCUCCACCUCAAAACUUUUUUAACAUCUACGAUCGCUUGAAGGAGUAUAUCAGCGAAGUUCCAAAGGAUCCAGUUGUUUGUCAAAUCCUACUCGACAGCCUCGCCCAAAUCAUCGAGCUCGAGCGCCAACUCGCCGAUCUGGAACAAAAAACGGAAGAUCUGAAAAUGCGGCAAUCAAACACUCCAACUACAUCCGCCAAAUGGUACCAUGAGAAGGUUCCGGAAGACCUUAUCAAUGUGGAUGUGACUGAAUUUAAGCAUCUCGUUCAUUCAGCUCCUCUUGUCUACGACACUAUCUCCUAUUAAAAUUGAAUACUUAUAGACCUCAAGUACCCUCCCUUUCAACAGUGUCAUUUAACCAAUUUCCUUCCUCACUUUAUUCAACUCGUAUAUUACCCCCAAAAUUAUGAUCUCUUUCUUUUUGAAUUCGACAUUUCAACUGAUAUUUCAGAUGUUUCCCGGUGAAAACUAUUUAAUUAUCUCAGCGAUUUUGAUGCAGAAAUAAAUAUUUUUGCAUUAGUG